AAUCAAUCAGAUGGUAUUGCAGAAAAUUUUCUUGUUUUGAUACCCCAAAAUUAUGUUAUUUUUUAUUUUGUAAAUAACUAUUAAAUUAAUGAUUUAGUUAAAAGUUUGUUUUUGAGAAAUGGAUUAUUACAGACAAAGUAAAAAUCGGCUAUCCCAAGAUGAAAUUCAGAUACUAAUAAAUAAAGAUCCAGAUGGUGAUUUUGAUAAAAGAAUACCAGAUUCUGAGAGAGCUAUCAUUCAAAGGAUAUUACGCUUUGACCAUGAAAUGGAACGAAAAAAGGGGGUUAAAAAGUUGCUAAUGGAAGAAUUGCAGAAAAAAGGAUUGCUACAAGGACCAGAUGAAUUUAAAGAGAAUGAAUGGCUCACAUUUGGUGAUGUAAAUAACACAGUUCAAACUCAUGAAACAGAAGAAGAUAAAUCAGAAAAAUCUGUUGAGCCGUUCACAUGGAAUAACACUGUACAUGAAGUAAAAAGUGAUCACUCGUUUGACUCUAGGCAGAACACAAUCACAAAUUAUCUAAACUGCUUAGACCAACAACCACAAGACAACAGUUUUAUUGAUCCAAAGGAGGAGGAUUAUUUUGCAAAAGCGAUUAAUGUUGGAGUUUAUGCUUCUAGAACCCCCCUCAGUUUUCCAACACCACCUGAAAGAUUAGAAAAAAAAGAAAUUAUUGAUCCUCAGGAUGAGAUAAAUAUGAAUACUGAUGUCCGUGCAAUUGACUAUGGAGAAAAGCCACUAUUCAGCCAUCCCUAUCAUCCGCCAACCAAAGAUCUUAGAAAAACCGUCAAAGAGAAAGCACAAACUGAACUUAAAAAGUUAUUUGAUACUUUUCCAAUGUCUUUAUCAUUCGAGCACAGAUUAGAACAGUCAAGAAUGUUAAUGGCGAAACGAUGCAUCAGUGAUCUUCUUAAGCCAUAAUACUUGUUAACCAUUUAAUUUCAUUAUAUAAAAUUAAUAAAGCAAUCAUUUUUAACAUA